GGUGUUGGUGUUACUGAUGUCGGUGGUGAGGAGGGUGGGUGCCGAGACACUUCUCCAGGUGGCUUGACUGCUCAAGCCCAGUGCCGCCCGUGGAGGGUGCAUGUUCACUGCCCCGGUGCUGCUCCUUGCUCCGCUGUGUGCCCCAAGGGGCAGCAUGGUGGAUGUGUUCAGCGGGCGGCUGCUGGUCAGCAAGGAUGGCCGCAGCGUGGACCCUGAGGAGGCCCUGCAGAACAAGGUGGUGGGCCUCUACUUCUCAGCCAGCUGGUGCUCGCCCUGUCGUGAUUUCACCCCUGUGCUCUGCGACUUCUAUACGGAGCUGCUGGAGGAGAGCCAGCCGCCCGUGCCCUUUGAGGUCGUCUUCAUCUCCUCUGACCACAGCGCCGAGGAGAUGAUGGGCUACAUGCGCUCCAUGCACGGCGACUGGCUGGCUCUGCCCUUCCAUGACCCCUACAAGAAUGAUCUGAAGAAGAAAUACAACAUAACAGCAAUUCCUAAACUGGUGAUUGUGAAACAAACCGGAGAAGUCAUUACUGACAAAGGAAGAAAACAGAUCAGAGACAAAGGACUAUCCUGUUUUCAGAACUGGCUUGAGGGUGCGGAUAUAUUUCAGAAUUUUUCUAGCUAAAUAGAAGCAAGCAAGACAAGUCAUCAUGGAGAAUUUUGUAGAGCUUUCGUACAGUUUUUGUGUUCUUCAGAACAAGAAGAGUAAGGCUGUAUUUAUCUUUGUUUGGAAAGAGAAUUUGUUUUUGACUUAAGAUUGUUUAUUCCAUUAAGUAAUAAAAUACAAUGUCUGUGUUAUUUGUAUUACCUACUGUAGUCAGUACAAACCAAAGCAUUCCUAAUAAUACUGAAGGACUUCUGGAAGUUAAGCUAUUUUAGAUAGUAAUAAAGAAGUACUGUGGAAUCUGUGCAAAUAUCUUAUUCUGCAAAAUCUGUUUAAAAAAUAUA